AUGAGUGCUGGCAGAAAACCCAACUCCACGUCCAGAAGCAAGUCAACCUAUGGAGCCGCUGUCGUCCAGCGCAACCCCAGAACUCGUAGCGACGGCCUUCCAACCGCCACCAACACUCCCGCUUUCAUCGCUCCGGCCCCGCUGAACUUUAGAGCCACGAUGCCCCAUGCCAACUUUGACAACCCCUGGUACUUGAGAAGUCUCCUCGGCAGCACCUCGAUCUCGAUCCUCUACCAGCGCGACAUGGCUGCCGACCCGAUCAUCCUCUUCGAAGAAUUCCCCAAGCUGGUCGCGAUCCACUUCUCGAACAAAUGGCGGCCCCUCUUCCCCGUCGGCCCGGCCACCACCCCCGCCGACAUCAGCGCCCUCCACCCACGCGCCAUCACCAUCGUAGGCGGACGACCCGAAGCGCACCUGGCAGUCCUGCAGUGGAUGCUCACGGCCUGCGACGGCGGCGGCCUCAAGGACUGGCCUUUCUACAUCUUCUCUGCCAAGCCCUUCUGCACGUACUACCACCUGCGGCGCGCCGCCCAGGUCAUUGGCUGUGUGUUCCUCGAGGACGAAUUUCACCUGCGCAUGCAGGCCCUGAGCGACAAGCGCAUCCACUCUGACGACAUCGAGGCUGUGUACAACGAGGUCGCGCGCGGAUCGCCCAUGGCGACGCACCUGGUCGAGCAUGUCGCUAGCUUCUUCGUGGAGAAGGGCAUGCAUCACACCAACGGCCCCUACUGGCGGCUGAGGCAGCGCAAUCGCGCCUUCGAUGAGGAUGUCACGGUCCGCAUCGGCUUUCGCUAUGAGCGUGACCCAGAGCUGGCGCGUGCGUGGAAUGAGCGUAACAAGCUGGCGAAGGAGGAGGCUUUGGAGGGCGAGGGCGUCAUGCUGGUCGAGAAGGCCAAGUUUGAGAAGGCCAAGGUUGAGGAGGUGAAGACAGUCGAAGAGCAGGAGACGGUGGUCAAGGUCAAGGACAAAGAGACGGCUGCGGCAAAGAUAGAAGUUGAGGCAAAGCAGGAGCAGGAUCCUGAGGCCAAGGCCAAGCCUGCGACUGAGACUGAGACUGAGACUGAGGCUGAAGCUAAGGCUGAGGCCGAGGCCGAGCCCAAAGCGACGAAGGCUAAGGAGACGGUGGAGCUGAAGAUCAACCCUGUCAUUGGUGUCGAUGCGGUCGAGCAGGCCUUGAACGUCGCCGGCAAGAUCAAGAACAAGGCCGCUCGCCGUCGCGAGAAGAAGCGUCUGGCCAAGGUUGAUGCUUAG